AUCCGCUUGUUGUGCUCAACUUGUUCUUAAGAUCUCCGUAUCUUUGGGUAUAAAAACCUUGCUUCCAAUAGAGAACAGCAUCAGUCAACGCACCUCCAGUCUUUGAGAUCGUUCGUCGUGCACAAACCCAAAACAACAAUCAACAUGAAAUUCCUCGUCUGCUUGGCUCUUUUCAUCGCCGCCGCCCAGGCUCAUGUGGUGGCGCCCGCUGUGGCCACCUACUCCGCUGCUCCCGCUCUGACUUACGCCGCCGCCGCUCCAGUGACCACCUACUCGGCCGCCAUUCCCCGCGCCUACUCCGCCUACGCCGCCCCCUCCGUGUAUGCCGCCCCCUCGGUCUACACCGCUCCCUCCGUCUACGCCGCCCCCUCCGUCUACUCCUCCUCCUAUGUGGCCGCGCCCUCCGUGUACUCCGCCUACGCCGCCCCCGCCGUCGUCUCCACUUUGCUCAAGAAGUAAAGUGCUCAGAUCGAUUAAAUGAUAUGCCGCCAACUUUGUCAACGAUAUUGAAUUAUUUUCACUAUGAAAUAAAGCUGUGAAUUCACGAAACAAA